AUGAGGGUUAUUACGUGUCUCGACAGGUCCUGUCAGCUGACACCCCUCAGUGCUGAGGACAUGUCCACAUACCACCUGGUUAUGGUGGAUCGACAGAUAUUUUCAGGAGAUGGGGACGGACCAAUGGUCUUCCUGGAUGGUUGGCAACCAGGACACAGGGCGGAUCCACCUGUGCAGGACCUCAGAUCUGAUGAUGGACAGAUUCUGUUUUUUAACUGGGAGCACAUGGUUCAGCUGGAAUCCAGCCUGGAGCUCCUGAUAGCAGAGACACCAGGAGACAGCAGCUGCACAGACUUGUCCCUGAUUGUUUUCACUAUCAACACCGCCGGCACACAGAACUCAAAGGUGUCGGUGACGUCAGCGUUAGAAAGUCACAGCCCAGAACCUGUUAGGUUCACGGUUACAGAGAAAGAGCUCCAGGCACCUCAACUUGAUCACUGCCACGAUUCACAAACACACGCAUUCCUACUGGACGAGCAGCAAAAAGUCCUCAACGGGCAGUCCUACUGGACGAGCAGCAGAAAGUCCUCAGCAGGCAGUCCUACUGGACGAGCAGCAGAAAGUCCUCAGCAGGCAGUCCUACUGAACGAGCAGCAAAAAGUCCUCAACGGGCAGUCCUACUGGACGAGCAGCAGAAAGUCCUCAGCAGGCAGUCCUACUGGACGAGCAGCAGAAAGUCCUCAGCAGGCAGUCCUACUGAACGAGCAGCAAAAAGUCCUCAACGGGCAGUCCUACUGGACGAGCAGCAGAAAGUCCUCAGCAGGCAGUCCUACUGGACGAGCAGCAGAACGUCCUCAGCAGGCAGUCCUACUGAACGAGCAGCAAAAAGUCCUCAACGGGCAGUCCUACUGGACGAGCAGCAGAAAGUCCUCAACAGCAGUCCUACUGGACAGGCAGCAGAAAAUCCUCAACAUCCUACUGGACGAGCAGCAGAAAGUCCUCAACAGCAGUCCUACUGGACGAGCAGCAGAAAGUCCUCAACAGCAGUCCUACUGGACAGGCAGCAGAAAAUCCUCAGCAGGCAGUCCUACUGGACAAGCAGCAGGAAGUCCUCAACAGGCAGUCCUACUGAACGAGCAGCAGGAAGUUUCUGGUCUGACGUGUGAGAAGAUGAAGGGGAACUUUGUGGGCGACUGUUUGUGCAGCCUGAUGUGUGCAGGCGUCUUCUUAGCGGGCUGCACCGUUCUCCUGGUCAUCGCAUUCCCGAUUGUCCAGAUCGCUGUUGGAGCAGUGUACAUGUACGAGUGUCCAGUGGCACCAGUGAUCCCGGUACACGUGAUGGUGUGUGGAAUUUGGGCCCUGCUGAUGAUGAGUCUGUUUGCUCUGCCUAAACUUCUGGGCUCAAACACAGAGACGCCGAGGAGCUGGGUCUGGACUGUGUGGAUCACCACCCUGGUCCUGCUCUUCUUCAUCUGGUUCAUCUAUGGGAGUUACCAAGUUUACGUUGUGUAUCCACCCAGUUAUGACAAAAACAGUAGCUCCAACGCCACACAUGCUGAGCUGGACACUGGGCUCAAUGCAAUGUUGGAGAACCACAAGCAGAUCCAAAGCCUUCCAGACCUCGACCGACAGAACCAGACCCAGAUCAAGAACAGUAACCACACAGCCGUGACGCUGUUUGGCAAGUUGGUUGGAGCUAAUAGGAAGAUGAGCAGAGGGGGUCUCAGCCCGCCACAGCACCACCAGCUGGUGGACACUGAGCCAUACUGCCACCAGACCCUGUACAUGCUUGCGUUCUGGAGCACCACGCUUGUCUACGUGUUCACAGGAAAUGCCCUGGUCAUCAUCGUCUGUUUGUGUUGCCUUUUCAAAAUUCUGAAUAUGCUAGCUAGAUAUCUGCCGUAGCAGGCUUUGAUUUUAACGGCUCCUGUGAAUGAUUGUGUUAUGUUUGAUCUCUCAUGCUGAAAUAAAAUCUCUCAUGUUGCCUUCA